UACCCUGUCGCCCGGCUUGUGCAACCCCCAGCCGAGACGUAGGGUUUUGGCUCUCUGAGGGGACUCGGGGUGACUGCGUGUCGGGGUCCUCGGCCUGGGUGCCGGCAGCUUGAGUCCCCCAGUUUCCUGCCCGGUGCUACCGGCGCGUCCGUGCAGUCGUCAUGGAUCUGGUUUUAAACCGAACGGAUUAUUUACAGGUGGGAGUGACCUCUCAGAAGACUAUGAAGCUGCUUCCUGCCUCAAAACAUAAAGCAACACAAAAGGUGGUUAUUGGAGAUCAAGAUGGGGUAGUUAUGUGCUUUGGCAUGAAGAAAGGAGAAGCAGUGGCAGUGUUCAAGACUUUACCAGGGCAGAAGAUUGCAAGGCUGGAACUAGGAGGGGUCCUGAACACACCUCAGGAAAGAAUUUUUAUUGCUGCCGGAUCUGAGAUUAGAGGCUUCACAAAGAGAGGGAAACAAUUUCUCUCUUUUGAAACAAAUCUCACUGAAAGUAUUAAAGCCAUGCACAUAUCUGGCUCAGACCUCUUUCUCAGUGCAAGUUACAUCUACAAUCAUUAUUGUGACUGCAAAGACCAGCAUUAUUACCUUUGUGGGGAUAAAAUAAAUGAUGUCAUCUGCCUUCCAGUGGAAAGAUUACCUCGUAUUGUACCAAUAUUGGCGUGUCAAGACAGAGUGCUCAGAGUUUUGCAGGGAUCUGAUGUGAUGUAUGAAAUUGAAGUUCCUGGCCCACCUACUGUCUUAGCAUUACACAAUGGAAAUGGCGGUGAUUCUGGAGAAGAUCUUUUGUUUGGAACAUCAGAUGGAAAACUGGGGCUUAUUCAGAUCACUACAUCGAAACCAGUACACAAGUGGGAAAUUCGAAAUGAGAAAAAGAGGGGAGGUAUUUUGUGUAUUGAUAGCUUUGACAUCGUGGGUGAUGGGGUUAAAGAUUUGCUUGUUGGGAGAGAUGAUGGAAUGGUGGAAGUGUAUAAUUUUGAUAAUCCAAAUGAACCUGUUGUACGAUUUGAUCAGACGUUGUCUGAAAGUGUCACAUCUCUCCAGGGUGGUUGUGUAGGGAAAGAUGGCUAUGAUGAAAUUGUGGUGUCCACAUACUCAGGCUGGAUUACAGGUCUGACAACAGAGCCCAUUCAUAAGGAAAGUGGACCAGGAGAAGAACUAAAAAUUAAUAAGGAGAUGCAAAAUAAAAUUUCUUCUUUACGGAGUGAAUUGGAACAUCUGCAGUAUAAGGUGUUGCAGGAAAGAGAGAACUAUCAACAGUGUUCUCAAUCAAGCAAAGCAAAAUCAACAGUACCUUCAUUUAGUGUAAAUGACAAAUUUACAUUAAAUAAAGAUGAUGCCAGCUACAGCCUUAUCUUAGAAGUGCAGACUGCAAUAGAUAAUGUUUUAAUACAGAGUGAUGUUCCAAUAGAUUUACUAGAUGUGGAGAAAAAUUCUGCUGUUGUUAGCUUUAGCAGUUGUGAUUCUGAGACAAAUGACAACUUUCUUCUCGCCACUUACCGGUGCCAGGCAAAUACCACUAGGCUGGAACUCAAGAUUCGCUCAAUUGAAGGCCAGUAUGGCAUACUUCAAGCAUAUGUGACUCCAAGAAUUCAACCCAAAACCUGUCAGGUCCGCCAGUAUCACAUCAAACCUCUUUCACUCCAUCAAAGAACUCACUUUAUUGAUCAUGACAGACCCAUGAAUACACUGACUUUAACAGGCCAGUUCAGUUUUGCUGAAGUUCAUUCCUGGGUGGUUUUUUGCUUGCCCGAAGUUCCUGAAAAACCUCCAGCAGAAGAAUGUGUGACAUUUUACUUUCAGAACACCUUCCUGGAUACACAACUGGAAAGUAUCUAUAGAAAAGGAGAAGGAGUUUUUAAAUCUGACAACAUUUCUACUAUAUCCAUCCUAAAAGAUGUGCUUUCUAAAGAAGCUACAAAAAGGAAAAUUAACCUCAACAUAACAUACGAAAUAAAUGAAGUAUCAGUCAAACAUACUUUAAAGCUAAUCCACCCAAAGCUGGAGUACCAGUUGCUUUUGGCUAAAAAAGUGCAAUUAAUUGAUGCUUUAAAAGAAUUACAGGUUCAUGAGGGAAAUACGGAUUUUCUGAUACCAGAAUAUCGCAGUAUUCUAGAAGAGGCAGAUCAUCUACAGGAAGAAUACAAAAAGCAACCUGCACAUCUUGAAAGAUUAUAUGGUAUGAUCACAGAUCUUUUCAUAGAUAAAUUUAAAUUCAAAGGCACAAAUGUAAAAUCUAAAGUACCUCUUCUACUGGAGAUUCUGGACAGUUACGACCAAAAUGCAUUGAUUGCUUUCUUUGAAGCAGCAUGAAAUAUAACCAAGGUAAUGUCCCAAAGAAGUGAUCUUUUUAAAUGAAAAGUGUUAGAAUUACAAGCUAACUGUACAUACUUUUAGUUUAAAUGCUUUUUAAUCUUAUCUAAAAAUAUUUGAGCUAUAAUUAUUUUAGUAAUUCUUCUAUUUCUUUGGACAAAUGGAACUUUUCUAAAACUAAAGAGUAUUUUUAUUUUUAAAACACAAGUAGAAUGAUUAUAAGUAGGAUUUUAAUAAGUUUUGGAAAGUAGCUGUUUUAAUUUUUUAAUUGAGAAAUAUUUGGAAAAAUAAAAAAUAUUGAAAUAUUUUACAAGGUAAACACACGCAUAAAUGUAUAAACUUGCUUUAUAGGUUUCAAAAUGUAUGUUUACAUAUCACUGUAUUUUAUCUUCACAAUUGUUCUAUAAGUUUGUGAAAUCAUAGAAGAAAACUGAUUUCUUAGUGAGGUUACAUAAGGACAUGCUAGCAUUUUAUAAAGCUGGGACCCAAACCCAAGUGGUUGUACCUGUUUUCUGUCUUGGUUAGUAUAUACGCUCAUCAACCAGCAUAUGCAAUCUACCAAUUAUUUUUUCUAGGAGUUAGGGUUGAUUUGCAACUGAUUUCUCUGUUUGGUAAUGUUUUAUGACCCUGCUGUGGUUUAUGAAAUGCUUGACUUGACUUAGUGCUGUAAAUUGUGGCCAGGAAAGUAAGCAGAGCUUGCACAGAGUAGGGGGAUCUUAAUUUGUGCUGUGACUAAUUGAGCUAUACAAAUGUAUUAUAUAUAGAUGAAAGGUGCAGAAAUAGUGAUGGCUUCUUAGAUUUUCCUGUACUAGUGUCCUGUAAUUCCCUUAUCAUUUGUGAAGGAAAAUACGUAUUUAAGGCUACAGAAGUUUUGUUCCUUAAUUUUAAUUCAUAUUUAUUUAUUUUAGGGGAAAAGGUUUUAAAAUGGCAUAAAUAUGGUGGGAAAUAAGCUAUUCUUUACGUUUUCAAGAAGGGCAGAGUCAAGAAUUUUUCAGAAAAUAAUGCUUCUUAAUUAUAUACUCUUAUGUUUAUUAAUUAUGUGCCAGCCUUGUAUAUAAACAUUUGUUAAAGGCACAUGUAAUUAGUUAAGAGAGUUUUUAUUUUAAUAAGGUCAUAUUAUUUGUACUAUAUUUAAACAGCUUUCAUUCCUGAAUGAAGCGUAUCAUUGUAUCUCAGUCGCUAGAAUUUCACUGUGUUUCUUGUUGGCUUCCACAGCUUGGGGAAAAAUAGAUAAAAAUAAAAACUGUCUUAUUUGAA